AAGUAUCUCAGCCUCCAUACUCAGGAAUUCAGAGGCAGCUCCUAGGAAUGACAGCCUGUUGAGUCUCCAAGUUAGGUAUAUCCAGUGGAGGACAUAUAUCCAAAGAGGCAACCAGUGAAUGCUGAAUGAAGCAAACCUAAACUACUCCAGCCAUGUAUUUUGGUAAGGAGAAACCAGACUUUCUAUCCUCUAAGAGUUUGUAGAAGAGUUAUAAAGCUAGUUCUAAGGGAGUAGCAGUAUUUCUAAACCAAAUUAAUUUUAAUGAAUGACUGAAUAGAAAUGGGUUAUAUGAUUAGUCAUGAAAGAGAGCUGUACUACUUACAGGCAAGCCAACAAAAACACAUAAGUGGAUGUUGCCCUAGAUGGGGAAUAUAUUAAAAGGAUGUGGGGGUAGGUCUUCAGACAUUAAUGCUAUAGCUUAUUGAAUAUAUCUGUCAGUAAUCUGGAUAAAAGAAUAACCGCUUAAAAUCAUAAUUAAUGUACAUAAAAACUCUUUUGGGGAUUCGAUUACCAAAAAAAUGAAUGGAGACUACAUAAUUCUGCAUGGGAGUGGGGGGAACACUUGUCCCCAAAUCCACUGGUAACAUCAAUGGCUGAAAAAUAGCACUUUGGGUGCAUAUCAGUUUAGAAUAAUUUCUGGUAAGUUACAAUCCUUUUUUCUUUCCCAUGCCUGUUGUUUCUCAUUUAUACCAGACGGGCAAUAGUUUUUUGUUCGUUUGUUUUGUUUUUAAUACAGGUUAAUUCUCCUUUAUUUUUCUGUUUCAAAGGUCUCUGAACCUGAUCAUAUUGUCUUUAAUUCAUGGGAUCAACUCUCAAUGGCCAAUUCCUCCUUUGUCACUGAGUUCCUACUGAUGGGUUUCUCCAGCCUUGGGGAACUGCAGCUUGUCCUCUUUGUGGUCUUCUCCACUCUCUAUUUGAUCAUUCUCAGUGGAAACUUCACCAUCAUCUCAGUCAUCCUCCUGGAUCGAAGCCUCCAUACACCCAUGUACUUUUUUCUGUGUGUUCUCUCUAUUUCUGAGACCUUAUACACAAUUGUUAUCCUGCCCAAGAUGCUUAUCAACCUGUUCUCUGUACUCAGGACACUCUCCUUCAUGAGUUGUGCCACUCAGAUGUUCUUCUUCCUUGGUUUUGCUGUCACCAAUUGCCUUCUUCUGGGAGUGAUGGGUUAUGAUCGUUAUGCUGCCAUCUGCCAGCCUUUGCACUACCCCGUUCUCAUGAGCUGGAGGGUAUGUGGACAGCUGGCAGUAACUUCUAUUAUUGGUGGCUUCCUGAUAUCUCUGGUGGGGACAACUUUGGUGUUUAGCCUCCCUUUCUGUGGCCCCAACAAGGUUGACCACUACUUUUGUGAUAUUUUCCCUGUCAUUCGCCUUGCCUGUGCUGAUGCCCACAUUAAUGAACUGGUCAUCUUCAUUGCUGGAGUCCUUGUGCUUCUUGUGCCCUUGAUCUUCAUCUGCAUCUCCUAUGGCUUUAUUGUCCGCACUAUCCUGAGGAUCCCCUCAGCUGAAGGCAAGCGAAAAGCCUUUUCCACCUGUGCCUCCCAUCUCACUGUGGUUAUUGUUCACUAUGGCUGUGCUUCCUCUGUCUACCUGCGGCCCUCAGCCAAACACACAUCAGGCAAAGACAGGCUGGUGACAGUGACCUAUACCAUCAUCACCCCACUGUUGAACCCCAUUGUAUACAGCCUUAGGAACAAAGAUGUCCAGAUUGCUAUUAGGAAAAUGAUUGGGAAGACUGGGUUUUUUCCUAAGACUUUAUAAUUAGAACUAUUUUCAAUUUUACUCACAUAUAUGGGUCAAUAAAAAUAUGGAUCCAUAGUUGUUUUAAUUAUGGGAGUAUCUAUUUUAUUUAUCUCUAUAACUGUGGUUUUUGAUGAGUUGUUUGACACUCUGGGGACUUACUGUUCUCCUACGUAAAGAAGGGAUAUUAAUAGGCUCUUUUCUGAGUUGUUGUAAAGAUUUAGGGAGAUAACAAAGUAUUUGGAAAUAAAAGAUAACUCUCCUCCUCUGUCUGUUCUUCCUCUAAAGUUGUAAUUCUCAAAAAAGGCUUAACAACCAUCAUUGCUUGCCCUGUAUUUGGACUGUCUGCCCACAAUCUCCUCUGAACGUAUUCUUUGCUUAAGGUUAUACCCAGCUUAAAAUGAGGUGCCCAAACCUGGAUGACUUAGAUCUAACACUAUGACAUAAUGGGGAAAAAAUUCAUUGUAUGUAUAAUUAGAAGACUUAAUUAGAUACUGGUUAGGUCAUAACUUUAAGAAAGCACUUUUUUUUUCUCUGAAUCUAAUUUUUUAUAUUAAAAUGGGAAUAAUACAAUUUUUCUUUCCUACUUCACUGGGUUUUGGUAUCAAGUAGAUAAUAUGAAAAAAACCAUAUGUAAUAUAUGAAACCAUACAUAAUGCAAGACUAUUAUUGUAUUAAUUGAGGCUUUUCACAUCUCUGUAAGGACCUUAAUUUCUUUUAUAUUCUCCAGAAAUGGCAUUUCUAGAUGCCUUUUCAGACCACUUCUGGGAAUCACUGAUUAUGUUACACAGAAGGUAAGCUACAAGAAUGAAUGGAAAAAGAAUAAUCAGCCAUCUAGUCUACUUCAAGUUUGAGAAUAUGUCUAUAUGGCCUUCCACGCUGAAUUCAUUAAGAAGAGGGAGAUACACAAUUUCAAACUUAUCAUUAAACUGCAUAAUAUGACAUACGGAAGGGCAUAGGUGGCCAUCCAGUCCCAUCUCCAACCUGUACAUAAAUUCUUUCAUUAGUAUCUCUGGGGGAAACCAGCCUCUGCUGACUAAGUAUUGAGGAUUUCACAAAAUGUACAUUCCUAUUGUGCUCGGCUCUCAUUAUUAUUUCUCCUCAUUUUAGCUGACAUUUGCCUCUCUGUGAUUUUCAUGCCUUCUAUCUCAUGUCACACAGAAAAUCUGAUCCUGCUUCAGAGAUGUUUGAGACAGUUAUGAUGACAAACUGAACCUUCUCUUUCCAUUAUUCAUGUGACCUGACAUUUAGACACCUCAUCUUUUUGGGUACAGUCUUCUAGAUAUUCAGCAGUAAUGAAUAUUAUUUUUAAAUCAUAAUGCAUAAAGCUGAAACUUAAUUUAAUGUGUGACCUCCUCUUCCAGGGUAAAAUGUAACUGUACUAUCCCUUGCUAAUUUUAUUUUUAUUUUUAAAUUAAAGUAUAGAAAAUCAUAGAUAAUAUUCUUUUAUAUUUUUAAAUUACUACCUC